UCGGCCAAUGAAAUGCCCACUUGGGGUAGCUGUGGCCUCCGCCUCUCCAUAAUAGUAGUAUAACCUUGGCAAGUGGCAAGUCUAACUAAGGCCAUGUUUGGAUGUGGUUUUGAAGUGGUUCCAAAAAUUUGUUGGAAAAAAGUGAGGGAGUGGAAAAUAGAAAGAGAGUGUAUAUAAGUUGGCUAUGACAUAGUAAAUGAUGCUUACCGGACUAACAUGUUUGCCAAACAAACGGUAGGACUAAAAAAGAAUUCAACAACCAAUCUUUGUAUUUUUAUGCUAAAUAAUAGCCAAACCUUCUGAAUAGCCAUUUUCACUAUAAUUAUUUUAAGAGUUAAUAUAGGUACAUAUGUCUUGAUUACCUUAGCACACAAUUAAUUAAACUUUUAUUAUUCAAUUUAGAACGUAAAGAAUAGUAAUUGUUUUAAACAACGAUAACAAUAUAGAGGUUCAUUUGUCUUUCUCCGACGAUAAAUCUUUUCCUUCUUUUUUCUCUCUCUCUUUUACUAUAACCAUUUUCCUUCUUCUUCCAAAAGUAGUCUUCCUCUUCAUUCAUCCACGACUGAAUUCAUCAAAUUGCGAGAUCGCAAAAUAAAAAAAUCAUGUUCUUCGGAGAAAGAAUAUUCUUCGAGAGUUUUUUAAUUUAUACUCGUAUGAGAAAUUCUUUUAUCGAACUGAGCCGAAGAAUUUUUUUUUUAAUUUGAACUCAAAUAUAUUCAAUUUAACCAUAAAAAAAUUGUUCAAUUCCUUUAUCGAACUGAACCAAAUAUCUUCCCAAACUUUAACCUAACUUACACGAACUAUCGAUAUAUUUUUCCCUAGUGAAUCAAUCUAUCCUUCCAAAAUUCCACUAUUAUCCAAACACGGCGUAAGCAAGUUCCCUGCAUUCAAUACAAGUACUACAAUUCAACCGUUCCGAUGACGAUAGCCCACCAAACUUAAAAUAAUAAUAAUUCUCUUCCUACAUUCUCCUUUUAUUUCCGCGUUCACUCCUCGGCUCUUCUAAAAACCUCACCUCACUCUGCCACUCACUCACACUCUCGCCGGCACCAUUCACGACCAAUUCGAUCGAGCUUCCUGCCAUAACAAUGAAGGAAACUAUAUCUCCGACAUCUCAACUCUUCCCAGCCACUGCCUCCACCUCCCCUGGCGGCACCGGAACCGCCGCAAUCCCUGCCCGAAAAGAGCACUCAGAUGCAGGCGUAGUGUUCGGCAAAACUCCCUACAAGUUCUGGGUCAUAUCCGUACUCCUCCUCCUCGCUUUCUGGUCCAUGGUCACCGGCACCGUCACCCUCAAGUGGUCCACCGGCAAUCUCCUCAGCCGCCUCUCCGACGAGCUCGACAUUCCCACCCACGACGACUUCGACAUCCUCGAAGUGGAGGAGAGGGAGAAGGUGGUGAAGCAUAUGUGGGAUGUGUAUAUGCACAGCAAGAACAGGAGGCUGCCUCGUUUCUGGGAAGAAGCUUUCGAAGCUGCUUAUGAAGCUUUGGUUAGCGAUGCUGCUGCUGUUCGUGAUGGUGCUGUUUCUGAGAUUGCCAAGAUGUCACUUUUGUCCAUUAAUUUCGAUCCCUUUUCUGCUGUCCAGUCUUCAAAUCAGCAUCUGGAGACAGCAAAACCAGCAAGGAUGUCAAGCGAUCGGGGAAACGGGAAGAAGAUGUAGGCAAAAUUCAUAGCUGUAACGAAUUCUGUGUACAUUAGUGAGAUGCCUUGGAUCUGCAGUCCUUGCUAAGAAAGGAUUACAGCAACAAUUGUAUUGACAAACUGCUGGUUUAAGAUCCUCUGUUAUCUGCUGACGCCAAGUGUUCAUAAUAUUUUACUGCUACUUUAGAGCAUAAGCUGCCACGCCUGUGGUGAACUGAUUCACGAAAGCAAUAAUAAUCGACGGGAUUCGUCGACCUGUUGUUCUUGCCGAGCCACUUGUUCAGUUCAUGGAUGUCAUUUUCAAGUGCUGUUAUUAUUAGUUCCGUGGCCGAACUAUCUGCUCGCAUAGUUUAAUCAGCCCAACUCCGUUUUGGCGGAUUUCUAACUUUCCAUAGCAAAGAGCGCUAUCACUAGGCCCCUCCCAAUCCUGAAUCUGAGUAUAUAUUGUUUGGAUCCAGCUUGUUUGGCCCAAUUUGAUUGUAUUUGAAUGUGGUUUUUAUCAGUGUUUGUAAAACCAAUACUUGUAGUUUGAUUGAGAAAAUCUCUUAUUGGAGACAAAAAUGAUAGACGGUUUUUAGCGGUACGAAACAAUUGAAUUACGAUUAAAUUAUGGUUCAAUAUCAAAUAUCCACCGCUGACUUUAGUCUACAAACUCUGGUACGACUUUACAAUUCUUGGUUUUCAGCUUUCACUUAACUUAUUUUGGAUUUAAGUUAUGUGUUAUUACUUAUUACACAAGUCUAGUUUAUAAGUAUAUAUAAUACACCAUUAUCAUUUGUAAAUUGUUAAUAAAAGUUCAUAAUUUAUAACAGAAAAAAAAAAAUCAAAGCUUAAUAGCUGGGUGUAUACAAUACACCAUUAUCGUUUGCAAAUGAUUAUCACAAAAUUUGUAAUUUGUAUAUAAAAUUUACAGUUCGUUCUCUUGGGGGUUUAUCUAACGCCUAAGGAAUCCACCAUAUAAUGUGUUUAUCGUAUUUGUAUUCAACACCAAAAACAUGACUAGAAAUGAAAUGCACAGAAGUUUACCUUAUAUAGGAGCUUGACUUAGCCAUUGAAUCGGCUGAUGAGAUUUAUUGGAAGCAGGCCACCUCCUUUGAACCGAGUUAGAUACUACCUUGCAAAUGGCCUUAUUCGAGAUUAUAUAAUAUGUCGGUCACCAAUCUUCGUAUGUAACCCAAGAUUAUGCUCCAUCACCUUCUGACAUUUAGAAAUUUAGGAAAUUCGAUCGGUUUUCCAUGGAAGUCCAAAUGCAAUUUGAGAGUGGAUUGGGUGAUCUAUAUUAUACAUUAAAGUAGUUCCAGUAAUAAUGUAAAGAUAUGAUAUUAUAAGUAAACCUAUUCUAGUAAUGUGUGCAUUUGCACAGUAUUUAAGCCACCUAUACAUGCCGACUAUUGUUUACUAGUUUAAGCAUACAUACAACUCCAAUGUCAAUAUCUGGGUUACUAAAAUCCAACGUGUAAUUUCUUGUACAUCUAUGUGUGCUUAAGUAUUUAGGUGACAACAAAACCCGCCAACUAGAUCCUAAGAAAGAAAAAAAAAAGGUAUUCAUAAGCCUAGACGGUGCCUAGUUGUGAUUAAACGCCUUGAGACAAAAUUAGAUAAUUGGAGGCAUGCUUAAUCAAAAUCAAGGGAAGGAACGUAAAAAAAGGAAGUUGCCUAACCUUUUCAAUAUUUCCCUCACUUUUUACAUAAAAAAAAUAUUUCCCUCAAUUCGGAAUACAAGUACAAACCCAUUAUUCUAUGAUGAGGAUAUUGUUUUUGAAGAUGAAGAAUAUGAAGUGGUGGUUGAACGGACAUAUUUGGAUGGUGAUGAAAUGAACUUGCUUUUAAGGGUAUCGCUUCUAUAAAGUUGUUGCAUUGUUGUGAUUCUAAGAAAUCACAACAUUUUUCUUCAUAUAAGAGUUAAUUAAAUUAUUAAUCAUUUGAAAUUUGUGAUCUAAGAAAUCACAAUAUUUUUG